GUUGUGCCUACGACUAUGCUCAUUAUCACCAUUUGCUGCUGAAUAGUUCAUUUGGCACUGGUUUCCGGUCUAUGUCUUCCGAUUUCUGGGCUGGCUACCUUAGCGGUGCCAUAGGGAUCAUAAUCGGAAAUCCCCUUGACGUUAUCAAAGUGCGAUUGCAGGCGGGACGCACUUCAGAUACCGUUGCAUCAACCGCCCCCCAGCAACUGAGUCGCUUUGACAGCGCCACUUCCCUUGUUCGAGGCGCCGCUGCACCAAUUCUUGGAUAUGGGGCUCUCAAUGCGCUACUCUUUGUGGCUUAUAACCGAUCAUUGAAAUUCCUGGACACUUCAAUCAUCGAUCCCACAAAUCCACAAGGUGUGCCUUUGUACAAAAUCUGGCUCGCCGGUGCUGCCGGUGGGGUGGCCAGCUGGACUGUGUCAUCUCCUACGGAGUUCAUCAAAUGUAGAGCUCAGCUUGACUCACGCCCGGGAGUGUCAUCCUGGACGGUUGCGAAAGACAUCGUCCGAACCCGCGGCUGGAGGGGCCUCUAUUUCGGAGGAGGGAUCACCUGUGCCAGAGAUGCAAUUGGCUAUGGGUUUUAUUUUUGGUCUUACGAGUAUUGCAAACGCCUUACGGCCUCUGAUGAUGAUGACACGAAUAUGAUGGCCAUGAAGAUCUUACUAUGCGGUGGCAUUGCUGGGAUUGUUACAUGGGCUUCGGUCUUCCCAUUGGACAUGGUAAAGACAAGACUGCAGGCGAGGACGAUUGAAUUGUCUCCUGAAAAUCGCCCAUUGAUGCAACCAUCAAGCAAGCCAUAUACAACAAGCUCCUUUCAGAUCGCUAAGGAGGCCUAUCUCAAUGAAGGUUUCAAAGCCUUCUAUCGCGGUCUAGGAGUCUGUAGUGUUAGGGCUUUCAUAGUAAACGCCGUCCAGUGGGCGACAUAUGAGUGGCUUAUGAAGUAUUUGCAGAAUCCAUGAACAUAGAAUGCAACCAUCUAGAACAUCUACGGUGUACUCCGGCAGGGUAU